UGCAGUUCUAGCACUCGCAAGGGCGUGUUGUUUCAGUUUUUCUAAACCAGGCUAUUGUGACUCGUUGAAAACUAUAUAUGCCUUGAAUCGUAGCGACACAUACCUCGAUUUUGUCCGAAAGUGCAAAACACCUUUUGGACUUAUCAAACUUGCUGUCGCACGCAAGCGUGAAUUCUGACGCGCUGGUCUUGUGAGCAUUUUCAUUGAACCACUACACACAGGGAUCCACCCCGGCGGACAAGAGGAGCGGAGAAUGCGUUGUUAACGGUGCGACAGGAGCACUACGAUGUACAUAAUUAAUGGAAAAUCAACCAAUUAACAUAACUAAACGAUAGGUAACGUAAUCUCCACCUUUGUCUCCGCGGUAAUGUAAAAAUGGCGAGACUGCUUCACAACUUGCUGUUGUUGACAGUCCGACUCACGUUCAAGAUCAGAGUUUUCGGCUACUGGUUUUUGAUAUAUGGGUAUUGUGUUAUAUGCACGGGCAUAGCAUUGUUAAAACUUUGGUGGAAUAUAAUAAUAAGGCCGUCAACAACCUUCCAAUGGACUAUUCGCGAGACUCCUCCAGCUUGCCUGAAUGACACGUCCUUGGGAACCCACUGUUACGUUAGAAUAAAGGAAUCUGGGCUGAGAUUCCACUACGUUGCUGCGGGAGAGAGAGGCAAACCACUUAUGCUGUUUCUGCACGGAUUCCCUGAGUUCUGGUUUUCAUGGCGCCAUCAGUUGCGUGAGUUCAAGAGCGAGUUCCGUGUCGUUGCCGUGGAUAUGCGUGGUUACGGUGAGUCCGACGUCCCGCCGUCGACAGACACCUACAGCCUUGACUACCUGCUGACUGACGUCAAGGACAUUGUGGAGUAUUUGGGUUACAACAGAUGUUUCCUGGUUGGACAUGACUGGGGGGGGACUAUAGCCUGGCUCUUUGCCAUUCACUACCCGGAAAUGGUGACCAAACUCAUCGUGUUAAACUGUCCUCACCCCUCUGUGUUCACAGACUAUACUCUUCGUCAUCCCAGUCAGCUUCUCAAGUCCAGUUACAUCUUUUUCUUCCAGUUACCCCGUUUUCCAGAGUUAAUGCUUUCCAUCAAUGAUUUCAAGGCCCUCAAGAGCCUGUUUACAAGCCGCAGCACGGGAAUUGGACGGAAGGGACGUUGGCUCACCAACGAGGAACUGGAGGCUUACUUGUAUGCCCUGUCCCAGCCUGGGAACCUGACUGGAGCCCUCAACUACUACAGGAACGUGUUCAGCUUCCUCCCUCUUAUUCAGACAGAGGUCAGGUCUCCAGUUCUGCUGCUAUGGGGGGAGAGAGACGCCUUUCUGGAGCAGGAGAUGGCUGAAACCUGUCGUCUUUACAUCAGAAACCACUUUCGUCUCAAUAUUAUCUCUGGAGCCAGUCAUUGGUUGCAGCAAGACCAGCCCGACAUCGUUAACACACUCAUAUGGACCUUCCUCAAAGAGGGAGAGGGACGGAAAAACUACAGGAACUGAGUAAUAUAAGACGUCCUUCUCUCUCUGGUCCCUUCCAGUGAAGUGGGACGAGGGAUAUGCCUGUGAAAUCCUACCAACAUAACUAUAAUGCAAUCAUCGUUUUGAAUUUGACACAUUUCAGAUAUUUUUUUAGAGUGUUAUGGUGAAAGUGGUGGAAAAAAAAAAAAACUCAAAACAAAAGCACAUUUUUACUCUGAGAAGGUUAAGAGAGUAGCGCAUUUAAUCUUUUUUUUUCUCCUUCCUUUUUUUUUUCCCAGAAGUUUGCACAUGACAUUCGCCUUAAAGUUUGUCAGUGACAAUAUGUUACAAGUAUAUGGCAAAAUCUCCUUGUGAGUUGUAUUGUGUGGUGCCUUUCUGACUUAAAUUGUACCAUUUUAUGCGAUGUGAAAAGUUGUGCCAUGUCUUUUGAGGUCCAGCUGUGACGUAGUCUGCUAUAAGUGUCAACAGGGCAGUCCUCUUUAAUUCAGACACAAUACUCUGGGAGCUCACAA